CUCAGGAAUUGUUGGUCUUCCCCUUGCGUUUUCUCCUCUCUGUUUGCCUGUCUUCCCCCAUCCAGCGAGUGCAGUUGAAUACCGUGCCUUGGAGAGGUGCAUUUACAAGCCCGAACCUAUCCAAUGGCUCAUUGAGGCUUUGCAACCAUCUUUCCUCCAACCCCUCCCUUCAAGUCCCUUCCAGCCGGAGCCUGCUCGACCGUCUCGCAAUUCGAGAGCGAUGUCUUUCAAGAUAUUGGCGGUGGCGGCAGCAUUAUUGGUCGCAUGGCCAUCUGCGGCUCGGUCUGCCGUGCUGCCCGCUCGCGACGACGGUGAUGGUGAGAUAGGUGUGAAUGGCAUUGACCGAGGACCACCUUUCCCUAUCCGUACAGGCCCCUGGAGCCGUCCACCGUCUGUGACGACAACAACAGUGGUGGUCUCCGUUUCCACAUCAACGCCACCGCCGUUUUUUACGUUGCUUCCCACUUCUACUCCGCCUGCUGUAUCCGUUGAGCCCGCCACGUCAAGCGUGCCUGUUGAGUCAGUUGCGUCGAGCGUACCUGUUGAUUCCGUCACCUCGAGCUACCAGUUUGAGUCCCCUCGGGAGACCCUGGCAACCGAUAGAGUCACGAAUAUGCCAACUACUUUCACUUCUACCGUCACAGGCAGCGUCGCGCCCACACCUUCGAGCCAGGAGGCAUCCGGCAUCGGCAGCAACCGAACCCUGGUAAUCACUCUGAGCACCGUGCUUUCGGUGGUGGGGGCUCUGUUGAUAGUCGGAGCCCUGCUGAUCUGCUUGAAGUACCGGAGGAGGCGGUUGUCCUGCUUCACCAGGGGUAUCUCACCGAUUGACGACGAUGAGAUCGAGACAUGGAAGAUGGCUCGGAGCGAGAAGGCCGGUUUGGUCGCUGUAGCUGCAGUCUCGCCACCGACCGCCGGCCAUGCCAAACAUCCCUCGACCAGCUCUGUCAAGAAGCCACCGAGUGUGAUUAUUUACCCACAUCGCCAUAGUCAGCAAGUCGCCCGACGCUCCGGAGAAGGCUCGCCUAGGUCCAUACACAACAUCUGUGGGGCUUACGGCAGGACGAGCCUUGAUAAGGAUCUCCCGAAGACUCCCGUUCAGGCGGUGGCACCUAAUGCCCGCGCCGGCCUGACGGACGAGGCAAUUCCUGGUGACGACCCCUUCCUGCCGGGCCCCAAGCGGCACGCAUCCCGUCUGUCUAAGGUACCACCAGUGACCUCGCCACGAAGCAUCCGCACCCACGUAAGGACUCGGAGUUCACGGAGUAGCACUCGCAGCUUUGGCGAAGACGGGUACUACACUGCGUCAGAAAUGGAGCUGUCGCCGCGGGGAUCACAAGAGUGGCUCCAUGCUCAGCGCCAAAGCAGCUCACGAGUCUACUCGUCGUCGUCAAUCCCGCCACGGUCAUCUUUGGGCGACGAGGGAGCCUUUGGAGGGCUAUCGCCGCGGCCGCUGUUCCGAGCCCACGAGAUCGGGCGGGCAAUCGGAUGAGGUCGGACAAAUUCGCAUUUUACCUCAACACUUGGCAGCGGCACCCCCCGCUUCUUUUGAUGUUUCAUCCUCGACCUUCCACCCCUCUGGAAUGCGGGGUGGGUUAUCUGUUUCACGAGGUGGGACGGGGUUCUUCCUUGGGCGCGGAGGUGGGUAAACGGAGCGGGACGGAGACCGACCCCUGACCCUGUCAAUUAUCGGUCCCGGUCUCUCACGAACCACACGCCUCAGCAAACCCAACCCGUCCUCGCCUUACAU